AUGAUUGAUAGUUCAUCCAUAAUAUCAUCAUUAGAUAAUAUUCUUAUUGAACUUGUUGCAGAAUUAUAUGAAUGUACUAAACAAUCAUCAGCAUUACCAUUAUUACUUGCAUAUAUUGGUUUAUCGGAUCGUUUAAUGAAUAAAAGGAUUUUAGAAUUUGCUGCAUCAACACAACAAUUAUAUUCUCAAAUACUUGCAUAUACAGUUUUUGUUUUCUUUUCGUGCUUUAAUUAA